AUGAUGACUGACGCUGACAAUAGUCAGUACAAUGCAUGCACCUAUCAGAGAACGAGUUUUGACCUGAAGAAAGCAAAUAUCGUGAAUAAUUGGAAGACUAUUGGCGAGACCUCUGCUCGUUUUCGAGCUGUUGCUAAGAAGAUUCGCCGCCAGUGGUUCGACAACCCUCGCUUCUUCAAUUGGCAAGCAUUCCACACACCUCCAGGUUACGCUACAACUAACAACCCCGUGGAGCAAUACCACCGGAAGGUUAAAUUGGUGGAUAGUACGGCUCGCGCUACGCCAAUUGAAAUGGUGCAACUCUUGGAUCAAUCGCGCAUCGGUUUUAUAGCGAAAACUACAAAGUUCUCGAGUAUUACGCAAACAUCAAAGCGAUUAAAAACACACUACAACAAAAUUAAGAAACUAGGCGAUCUAAGUGCAACUGUGCUUCUUCUCGUUGGAGAUCUACGAAGUCAAUUCGUGUUAGUGAAGCAAUCCAUUCUCGAAACGAGUGUUGCUACUGCUAUUGGGUCUACACGACUGACGGUGUUGCCAACUCACACGGUAUCAACUUCAAGAAAAACAAAGCCGCCAAAGAAAAAGAAGAAACCUGAAUUUGAUGCCGAUGACGUUAAUCAUCCUAUUAAGUCUUCACACACGCUGCGCAUGCAGUGGGAGGGCAUGCCGGAGGACGGAUACUAA